CUUAUGUUCUGUGUAUAACCUUAAAAUAAACAAAAUAUUUUUAAAAUUUCCUUUAUAGAAAAUCUCUUUAAAAGUAUGUUAUUGUUAAUGUUAAAAAAUGGGGAAACAAGAUAUAAAGCGUUUAUUUAACAAGACGUACAGAUUUAGCAAGAAUGAAGAUUGGGUUAUACCAAAAGUUGUAUUUUCAUGUUCGAAAUGGACUAUACCUUCCCUACAAUUAAGCAAAGAAGAACUAAAUGAGACUAAAGGACUAUUAAAUGGGGUCAAUUUGGAAGCCUGGUCAAACCAUACUAAAUCCAGGGACCCAUCCAGUUUUAUUAUACAGAGGUUGAAACAAAAUAUUAAUCCAGAACUUUUAACACAGGCUUGGUGUAAGUUUUAUGAAUGUAUAAGUACAUUUCCAGUAGUUCCCAUAAAUGCCAUAAAUCAAGGAAAUGUGAAUAGUCUUCACAUUUGUGAAGCUCCUGGAGCAUUUAUAUGUUCUUUGAAUCAAUAUUUAAAAUUAAAUUAUCCAGAUGUAGAGUUUAAUUGGAGAGCAAACACAUUAAAUCCAAAUUAUGAAGGCAAUUCUCUUUUGAACAUGAUUUCUGAUGAUAGACUUAUCAAAUUUACUCUGGAUAACUGGUUGUUUGGUGAAGAUGCAACAGGAGAUAUAAAAAUAUUUAAGAAUUAUAUUGAUAUAAUUACCAAAGUUAAUGAAUUGGGCAAAAGAUCUCUGGUAACUGCUGAUGGUAGUGUGGACUGUAUGCAUGAUCCUGGUAAUCAGGAAAAGCAUGUUUCCCAUUUACAUUAUUGUGAAACAAUUACAGCAUUGUCUGUUUUGGAAACAGGUGGCAGCUUCAUAUUAAAAAUAUUCACAAUGUUUGAAGAUUCAACAAUAAACCUCUUAUAUUUAUUGAACUGCAUAUUUGAAGAUGUGGCCAUACACAAACCAUGUUCAUCAAAGAGUGGUAAUUCUGAAGUCUAUGUGAUUUGUACACUUUUUAAAGGCUUGGACACCAUUGAAAACAUAUGGCAAAACUUACUAUUUCCCUAUAAAUCUGGAACCUUUGGAGAAUUAUCCAUGUUUAACUUGCAAGAUAUACCUUCAUCUUUUUUAAUUCAAAUUCAUGAAUGUUCAGAGUAUUACAAGAGAUUGCAAAUGAAAACAAUCACAGACAAUAUUUUUUAUUUUAAUACCAAGUGCCCAAUGGCGCACAAAAGGCAUUAUUUGAAGGUGACUGUUGCACAAACUUACUUAAAUAAGUUUAAGUUAAAUAAAAUGUCAAAUGAUUUAAAAAUUGUUCCGCAUGCAAAUGCGUUGAAAAGUUGGCGUAAUUUUAACGAUUAUUAUGCGUAUGAAAAAGGUUUUGAAAAACUUGACAUUAAAGAUUUAAUUCAAUAUGAUUUUGAUGAAAUAGAAAUCAUAACAGGGAAACCUAUUUUAGCUGUAAAAAAUUCAAAAUUUGCUUGUAAAACAACAAUUGAUAGUUUCACAAAGUGGAAUUUUAAAAGUAAAAAAGAAAACACCUUAUAUUUUUUUUGUUUAGAAAGUUUACGUAAGACAUACACAAUUUUUGACAUUAACGAUUUUAAUAUUUAUGACCAAAACAAAUUUCAAAAGGAUUUUAGCAGUAAGCUUCAAGUAUGUGAUAAUACCAAAGAAAUAAUGUUUAUUAAUUUUCCAUUUUUUACCCAUUACUUAGUGGGUAUUUUGUAUUAUUUGAUUAAGGCUUUUAAAUGUUUGUAUUUUAAUAAAAACGGCAUUUUAAUUUUAAAACAUGUUGACUUUGAAAAAUUGCUUUCAAUAAAGGAAUCUUUAAAGAAAAUAAACGACGUAAAAAUUAGAGACGGUACAGAUAUAAUUCAUAUUAUACCUCCAAACGUUUUUGAUCAAAAUCCAAACUAUUUUGAGUUUAUUUGGUGUUUCAACAACCAUAUUAGGUUUUUAUAAUUAUAAGUUAUUAACCAAGUGCUUUUAUAAUAUUUUUUAAAUAGGUAUUGUAUUGUGUAAUAAAACUAGUAAAAUAAUAAUAUACAUGUAUGUAUUAAAU